UAUAUAAAUCAUAUAUACUUAUCUUAAGUGUGUGUGUGUCAGAGAAAUAGAGAGAGAUUAUGAAGGGUGAAGAAGAAGGUUUGGAGCCUAUGAGUCCAAGUGCUCAAUACUUGAAGAGCUCUGCUUUAUCACUCACAAUAUGUGGAGUUUUGGAAAGUGAAAAUGAAAUUGAUGAUUCAAUGACUAUGUCUCUCCUCAAAGAUGUUUUCUUGCCAAUAAAUCCUCGUUUCUCAUCGAUUAUGGUUACCAACAAGAAAGGGCAAAGGAAAUGGAAAAGGGUCGAGGUGAAUCUCGAAGAGCAUGCCAUAGUCCCAACUUUCCCUAGUGGCAUGUCGGUGGACUACUACGACGAAUGUUUCAACGAAUAUUUGUCGAAAAUAGCGACGGAACAACUCCCUCUACAACGGCCGCUCUGGGAAAUUCACAUAGUCAAAUACCCUACCAAGAAUGCAGCGGGAAACGCGAUCUUCAAACUCCACCACUCGUUAGGAGACGGCUACUCCUUGAUGGGAGCCCUCCUCUCGUGCCUCCAACGUGCAGACGACCCGUCAGUGCCACUGACCUUUCCGUCUGCAGGUACCAGAAUCCGUCGCAAAAACUUUUUGCAACGGAUUCCUAGGUUUUUUACUAGCCUCGUCCACACGGCUCACGACUUUGGGUGGAGCCUAUUCAAGAGCACCUUGAUUAAGGACGAUAAAUCGCCAAUUAGAUCGGGUGUUGACGGUGUGGAAUUCCGGCCGAUCGUGACGACUACGACGACGUUUUAUAUUGAUCAGCUAAAGCAAAUCAAGAGCAAGCUCAAUGUGACUAUAAAUGAUGUCAUAACCGGUGUGAUAAUAUUGGGGACUCGACUAUAUAUGCAAAAAGCAGAUGAAGAAUCAAUUAAAUCAAAGACAACAGCCUUAGUCUUGCUCAACACUAGGGCUAUUGGAGGCUACAAAUCAGUUGAUGAGAUGAUCAAACCUAAUUCAGAUUCGCCGUGGGGCAACCGGUUUGCCUUCUUACAAGUUCCGCUGCCUAAAUUGACUCGAGACGAGCUUCUCAACCCGCUCGGUUUUGUUAAGAAAGCUCACCGGAUAAUCAAGAGACAGAAGAACUCUGCCGCGGUUUACCUAACUGGACAACUUCUUCGUUUUAUUACAAUGGUCAAAGGUCACGAGGCAACUGCUCGACAUAUCCACGGAACAUUAAAGAACACGAGCAUGGCGAUUUCGAAUUUGGUUGGGCCCGUCGAACAAAUGGCCUUGGCCAAUAACCUUUGUAAAGGACUGUACUUCGUCGUUGCAGGGCCACCUCAGAGUUUAUCUGUGACAAUGAUAAGCUACGUGGGAAGGUUGAGAAUCGCAUUGACAGUUGAGAAAGGAUUCAUUGACCAAAAUAAAUUGAAGUCAUGUAUCGAAUAUGCGUUUGAGGUUAUCUACAAAGCUGCCCUUAAAGCUUAGACUACAAUUAUCUAUACAUACAUACUUGAAGGGUUCACGUUGUAAUAAUAACUAAUUUCAAUAUAUAAUGCAUAAUUUUUUUAAUUUUGUAUAUUAAAACUAUCAAUACAGGUACAUAAUUUUGUUAA